AUGUCCAGCCAACUCGCCUCCUACAAGCAGGAAUUCCUCAAAGCCGCUAUUGACGGCGGCGUCCUCAAGUUCGGCAGCUUCGAACUCAAAUCGAAAAGAAUCUCCCCCUACUUCUUCAACGCCGGUGAAUUCCACACUGCCCGUCUCGCCGGCGCCAUCGCCUCAGCCUUCGCUAAGACCAUCAUCGACGCCCAGCAAAACACCGGUCUCGACUUCGACAUUGUCUUUGGCCCCGCAUACAAGGGAAUCCCUCUCUGCUCCGCCAUCACCAUCAAGCUGGGCGAGCUCUCGCCCCAAAACCUAGACACCGUCUCCUACUCCUUCGACAGGAAAGAGGCCAAGGACCACGGCGAGGGCGGCAACAUUGUCGGCGCCCCUCUCAAAGGCAAGAAGAUUCUCAUUGUGGACGACGUUAUCGCCGCUGGAACCGCAAAGAGAGAGGCCAUUGACAAGAUUAGAAAGGAGGGCGGCAUUGUUGCUGGUAUUGUUGUUGCUCUCGACCGCAAGGAGAAGCUGCCCGCUGCUGAUGGCGAUGACUCCAAGCCUGGUCCAAGUGCCAUUGGCGAGUUGAGGAAGGAGUAUGGUAUUCCCAUCUUUGCUAUUCUGACUCUGGAUGACAUCAUCGCGGGCAUGAAGAGCUUUGCGUCUGUGGAUGACAUCCAGCGCACCGAGGAGUACCGCCAGAAGUACAAGGCCACUGAUUGA